GGGCCGCGCUUGCGCGGAGAGGCCGCACCGAGUGGCGGGAGGCUGCGGCGCGAUGGCGGCAGCGGGCGCUGAGGCGCCGGAGCGGGACUCGGACGGCGGCGGCGAGGAGCUGGAGCUCACCCCGGCGCAGCUCAUCCGCAGCCUGGAGCAGGCCUGGCUGAACGAGAAGUUCGCUCCGGAGCUGUUGGAGAGCAAACCGGAGAUCAUCGAGUGCGUUGUGGAGCAGUUGGACCAUAUGGAGGCAAACCUGAAACGGGCAAAGGGAGGAGACUUGAAGGUGAGCGUUCAUCGGAUGGAGAUUGAACGGAUCCGCUAUGUGCUCAGCAGCUACUUGCGGUGUAGGCUGGUGAAGAUAGAGAAGUUUUUCCCCCAUGUCUUGGAGAAGGAGAAGUCUCGAGCCGAAGGGGAGCCUUCCAUUCUGUCACCAGAGGAAUUUGCUUUUGCUAAAGAGUACAUGGCAAACACAGAGACCUAUCUGAAAAAUGUGGGCCUAAAACACAUGCCACCCAACCUGCAGAAGGUGGCUCUGCUAAAAUCAGUUCCAAAGCCCAACCUGGACUCCUUCGUGUUCCUGCGGGUGCUGGAGCGGCAGGAGAACAUCCUGGUCGAGCCGGAGUUUGACGAGCAGAGGGAUUAUACCAUUGACCUGGAGGAGGGCUCCCAGCAUCUCAUCCGCUACAAGGUCGUUGCCCCACUGGUGGCCUCAGGAGCAGUGCAGCUCAUCUGA